AUGGAUUCUUCCAACUCCGAUCCCACAGUCGAUUCUGAAUUUGCUCAGGAAUUUGCUGAGAUCGAAUCGGCAACAGAUCAGCGAACCAAGGCACAGCUUUACAGUGACCUGCUCUCCAGAAUAGUUAACAAGUCUUCUCCCUCCCUUGCACGAGACCUUAUCCUAUUUCUGGGGUCUCUUCUUGGUGGAGAGAUUAGUGUUAUUGCAUCUCGACCUCUUCUCGAUAGUUUCAUCAACUCUCUUAAGUCUCUCUCCGCAGCAACGAGGAUAGAGGUUGGGCUGCCUGCUAUAAUAGCCCUCCAGUCGCGUUCAACUUCAGUUGAAGAACAAGAUGCUCUUUUACGCGAGACACUCGCCGAUGCAUAUGAGGAAGUGGAAGAAUAUUCCCAGGCUGCUAGAGUGUUGCAGGGAAUCCACCUUGACAGCUCGCAACGCCAUAUAUCCGAUGAGGAGAAAAUCCGCAUGUGGAUCCGGAUAAUACGCCUUUAUUUAGAGGACGACGAUGCGGGCGGUGCUGAGAUGUUUUUAAACAAAAUAAAAAAUUUGCCAACGAAGACCGAAGACCCAGCGUUGCGCUUACAUUUCCAGUUAUCCCAGGCCAGAAUCCUUGAUGCACGACGGCGAUUCCUCGAGGCUAGCCAGGAAUACCUGGCUGUCAGCCUAGCCAACGGUGUUGAUGAAGAAGACCGGCUACAAGCUCUUUCAGCAGCAAUUAGAUGCGUUGUUUUAGCUCCUGCUGGGCCACAGAGAUCACGAGCAUUGUCUAGGUUAUAUAAAGAUGACAGAUCGUCAUCUCUAGAAGAAUAUGGUAUUUUAGAGAAAAUAUAUCGUGAUCAGCUCCUAACCGAGGAUGAGGUCACAAAUUUUGCUGCUGGUCUAGUCCCGCAUCAACUUGCACAAACUGCCGACGGGUUGACAGUUCUAGACAAGGCAGUUAUUGAACACAACCUGCUAGCAGCAUCUAAAUUAUACGAAAAUAUCAAAGCGGACGAUCUAGGCCUGAUAUUAGGCCUUAAAGCGACAGGUGAUGUAACCGCUGGCGAGAAGGCAGAAGCUUACGCCGCCGGAAUGUUAGAACAGGGCAGGUUGAAAGGGACUAUUGAUCAAAUUGAUGGUGUGAUUAGCUUUGACUCGGAGGUCUAUGGGGAUGGACAGACUGGUCGUAACUUACGAUACUGGGAUGCAGGGGUUCAACAUCUUGCUCAAGAUGUAGAAAACGUAGCCGCUGCCAUUAUGGAUGAGUUUCCGUACCCCCAAAAUCUUUAUUAUCACUAA